AUGACUCUUAUCAUUCAUACUUUUAAACAAAUCAAAACAUCACAUCAAUGCCAUUCAAGAUUCUUCACAAGUAUCCUUCAAAGAACCAUAUCACAUUCCACUCACCACAAAGAACCAAAAUCAGAAAUCAAAAACUCAAACACUACAUUCACUGAAUCACCAGUACAUUCAUCUCAUUCUCAACAACCUACUCCGCUUCCUAGUUCAAUUCGUGAUGCAUGGAAGGCUGGACUCAAAGGACAACAUCCAAAUCAAUUCUCGCGGUUACGAAGUAAAAGCGUAACUCCAAUUCAAAUUCAUUCAAUCCCUCCUAUCACUCAACACGAGCAAAAUCAAAAACAGAUGCCUAUCAGUCCAUCUGAUGAUCCUUCAAUCUCCGAUCAAACCUCCUCGUCUCCAUCAACACCCAAACCAUCAUUAUUACAAACCUACCUAAGUCUUGAUAAACGAUCUCAACGAUAUGUUUCAAUUUCGAUCUUCAUUUGGGCAUUUUCUGGAUUCGCUUACUUUACUUGGUUCUCUGAACCUCCACCAAUUGAUCGUAGAAUAGGAAAACUAUGA